AUGAACCCCGCCGCCGCGUGGAUGAAAACGUUUGCACGUGGCUCGUACCCCUUGGCAAAGCCGCUGGCGCAGCCCCUUGGUGAGAGGUCGGUGGUCCGACCAGGGCCCGGCCUCCGGCUCAGAACACUCGCGGUCUCCUUCGCGCUCCUCUUCCUCCUUCUUCCGGUCGGGCUGGACGCGAGGAGGCCGGGCGAGGGCGGGCUUGUCCCCUGCGGGUUGCAGGCCCCGUGGCUCCGCGCUCCACUCGCCGCGCCGGGGGACCUCCCGGGCGUCCUCCGGCCGCCGGGAGCGCUGUGGGCCGCGGCGGGCCUGCUGGUAGACGCCGUGGCGGCCGCCGCCCGCCUGAAGGGAGCUGUUGGCGGGGCCCACGGCGUCCCCGCCCGAGAUCGCGCCACCGACGCCAUGGCUACAAAAGACCCCACAGCUGUAGAGAGAGCAAACUUGUUAAACAUGGCUAAAUUGAGUAUCAAAGGACUCAUUGAAUCUGCUCUAAGCUUUGGCCGCACUUUGGAUUCUGACUAUCCCCCCUUGCAGCAGUUCUUUGUUGUUAUGGAACAUUGUCUGAAACACGGUCUUAAAGUAAGAAAAUCAUUUUUGAGUUAUAACAAAACUAUCUGGGGCCCCUUGGAAUUGGUGGAAAAGCUGUACCCGGAAGCAGAGGAAAUAGGAGCCAGUGUCCGGGAUUUACCUGGUCUUAAUGAAUUUUAUGAGUAUCAUGCACUAAUGAUGGAAGAAGAAGGAGCAGUAAUUGUUGGGCUGCUGGUUGGCCUGAAUGUGAUAGAUGCUAACCUGUGUGUAAAGGGAGAAGAUUUAGACUCACAAGUUGGAGUGAUUGAUUUUUCCAUGUAUUUAAAGAAUGAAGAAGAUAUUGGAAAUAAAGAAAGGAAUGUUCAAAUUGCUGCCAUAUUAGACCAGAAGAAUUAUGUUGAAGAAUUAAAUAGACAACUGAACAGCACAGUCAGCAGUCUCCAUUCAAGAGUUGACUCAUUAGAAAAGUCAAAUACUAAGCUGAUUGAAGAGUUAGCAAUAGCAAAAAAUAAUAUCAUUAAACUCCAAGAAGAAAAUCAUCAAUUACGAAGUGAAAAUAAAUUGAUUUUAAUGAAAACACAGCAGCACCUGGAGGUUACCAAAGUGGAUGUGGAAACUGAGCUUCAGACAUAUAAGCAUUCUCGGCAGGGGCUGGAUGAAAUGUACAACGAAGCCAGAAGGCAGCUUCGAGAUGAAUCUCAGUUAAGACAGGAUGUGGAAAACGAGCUAGCGGUACAAGUUAGUAUGAAACAUGAAAUUGAACUUGCUAUGAAGUUGUUGGAGAAAGAUAUCCAUGAGAAGCAGGAUACUCUGAUAGGCCUUCGGCAACAACUGGAAGAAGUUAAAGCAAUUAACAUAGAAAUGUAUCAAAAGUUGCAGGGUUCUGAAGAUGGCUUGAAAGAAAAAAAUGAAAUAAUUGCCCGACUAGAAGAAAAAACCAAUAAAAUUACUGCAGCCAUGAGGCAACUGGAGCAAAGAUUGCAGCAAGCAGAGAAGGCGCAAAUGGAAGCAGAAGAUGAAGACAAGAAAUAUCUACAAGAGUGUCAGAGUAAAUCCAACAAUCUGCAGAAACAAGUCUCCCAAAAGGAGAAACAGCUGGUGCAGCUGGAAACUGAUUUGAAGAUUGAGAAGGAAUGGAGACAGACUUUGCAGGAAGAUCUUCAAAAGGAGAAAGAUGCCUUAUCUCAUCUUCGAAAUGAGACCCAACAAAUCAUUGAUCUUAAAAAAGAGUUCCUUAACAUCCAGGAUGAAAAUCAGCAGUUGAAAAAAAUAUAUCAUGAACAGGAGCAAGCUCUUCAAGAACUUGGCAACAAACUUAGCGAAUCAAAACUUAAAAUAGAAGAUAUAAAAGAAGCCAACAAAGCAUUGCAGGGACUGGUUUGGUUGAAAGACAAGGAAGCAACACAUUGUAAACUUUGUGAAACGGAAUUCUCACUUUCUAAGAGAAAGCACCACUGUAGAAAUUGUGGGGAAAUUUUCUGUAACGCUUGCUCUGACAACGAACUGCCUUUGCCUUCUUCACCAAAGCCGGUACGGGUUUGUGAUUCCUGUCACGCACUGCUGAUCCAGAGAUGCUCGUCUAAUUUGCCGUAAGACUCCAGACUAAGUCCUUAUGUAUGAAAGUACCUACAAUGAAUGGUCAAUGUAUGAACCAUGUACAUGAUGUAUUUAGUCAGCUUUCAGACCGUACUAGUACCAGUUUUAUCUUCCACGUAUACAGCACAUGGGAAUUAGAAGCUGUAGAAUAGCUCACUGUUAUUCAAAAAGAACAUUCAAAGGGCCUGCUUUAAAAUAACUUGUUAAUUCCUAAUUGAUGUAAUAGUCAUGUAACUUGUAACACCACUAAAAAGGCCAGAUAGCAGAGCUAACACACAUUUGCCUUAUCAUGUAAAGGCCUUCUUAAAAAUAGGGGUUCAGAUUCUUUUACUCUGCAAAUUGUCAAGUAGGUAUUUGAUGGUGCCUGUAAUUUUCUUAAUGCACUUUAAAGUAUCACAGUUCUCAGAAAGAUCAGAAAUACAUUGAGCUAUUUGCAAGUCUUAAUAUUCCAGUUCAACAGUCUUUUCAUUAGCUUGCUAAGGUUUCAUCCUUAAUAACUUGUCCUUUUUGCCCCACUUCCUUUGCCCAUUUUGCAUUAGAAGAGGCCAAUAUUUUAUCCUGUAAAAAUUUCCUUUUGGUCUUCCUCUAAUCAAUGUAUUUAUUGGUAUUUUCAGAUAUAGUAGGUUAAAGAGGUAUUAUUUUACCUCAACUUUUUCCUUAUUUUGAAAGGAAGUUGAACUAGUCUUUUAAAUUAUUACACAUCUUUCCACGUUAUACUUGACUCACCAAACUUGAGGGAGGGCUCAACACCUCUUAGAAAGAAAAUCCAUCCCCAGAAGAAAAUGUUUAUUAAUAGUAAGGGGUUACAGGCUCCUGAUUGAUUCUCCUCUAAGCAUCAAAGAAGAAAUAUAAAAUAAUUUGCCUUUGAUGGAAUUUGAUUAAAAAUUUUAUUCUAUUUACAUUCCAGUAGCUUUUAGGAAGUAUUACAGUGUAGUGAUCCACUACUGCAGUUCUGUAUAGAGUGAAAUAUUCACCCUAUACUGAAUGCCUCCAAGCCAGGAUCCUGAGCAGAUGAUGUGUUCUGUAUAGAGUGGAAUAUUCACUCUAUACUGAAUGCCUCCAAGCCAGGAUCCUGAGCAGAUGAUGUGGUCUCCGCCCUGACACGAAAUACAUGGUCUAUUUCCAGCAUGAAAGAGUCAAACACUAAUCCCAUUUUUUCAUUCUUGUAGCACACCAAGAAUAUGUAAAAGGUUACUCAUCUCAUUAAUCCUUUGAAUAGCAUCACCACUUAGGAGAUCCUUUUUCGCCCCUUUGGUGUUAACUUUAGCCAUGCACUUUAAGUCUGUGAACCUUUCAAACAGGUCAGAUAGGAAUCUUUGAUUACUCCUAGAAGCAUUACAUUUAGUAAAUCAAUCAUGCCCCCCCACCCACUUAAGAUGGGGUUACUUAUUCUGCAGGAUCCUUUCCUCAGAGUAGAUAUACUUUCACUAGGGCUUAAUUUUCUAAAUUGCCAAAGUAUGAAAUCAGUAUUUUACUUGAGGAUUUAUUUUCUCCAAAUCCCGUUAGCUUUUGAGGUCUUCAGUUAGAACUUGCUGUACAGAUUUUUAGGUGGUCUUUCUUGAAUGCCAACAGAAAUGCUGUCAAGAGAAUUAUAUUCUUGAACUGUUUUGUACUGAUGGGAUGAUUAACAUUUUUAUGAUUGUUAAAAAUGAGAAUAAGCAACUAUGAAGUUUCAAAUACUGUGUUUUUUAUUACUGUGCUUAUUAAUACAAACUUUAAAAUGUGAUUUUGCUGAAAUCCCAAAGCUGGGUUUCAUUCAACAAAUAAACCAUGAUUUUCAGUCCCCCGUUAAA